AUGGACAGCGGCGCGUCAGCACACAUGUGCAAGGAUCGAGAUGCGUUCGAAGAGUACGAAGAAGUGCAUCAUGCGCGAAGCAUUUUAAGCGCAAAGAGCGACGUGAAGCUGAAUGUCAUUGGACAUGGGACAGUGAAGUUGCGCGUCUGGACAGGGCAUGCGUGGAUCGACGCUCGCCUUGAGAACACACUUCAAAGUUCAAGAUUUGUCCAAGAACCUGUUUUCGCUCAAGGCUGCGGCAGCGCGCGGCAUGACAGUGAUGAUUACGCGCAAUGA